UCGAACAAUAUGGCGGAAUCGGUAGCGGAGGUGGCGCGUGUUUUGGAAACAUAUAGAGGCAGAGAGAAACUAAUGCGACUCCUUCAGUAUGCCAGCUAUUUGGCGAGUGGAGGGUUGCAGAAGUUGUCUUACGAAUCUAGUGCAGGAAAAUUUCGGAUCUGGGCGGAAGCAAUUAGUGAAUGUCGGACUUUCCUUCGUUUGUUUGAUGACGCUGCAAUGUUGUCCUACGCACGCGAUUAUGGAACUGGAAAAGAGGAAAGGGACAAAGUUGUGCGCUGGACAAAUCUUGUGGACAUAUUCUGUGGUUUGACAUUUUACCCUUUGGAGCAUGUUGCCUGGGCAAGGGACAAGAAACUGCUGGCUGGUAAAUCUGAGAAACUAUGGGACUUGUCUCUAUACACUUGGAUAGGAUCACUUAUAGCAUGUAUUAUAAGAGACUUGUGGCUUCUCAGAAAGCUUCAGCACCUGCAAAAGAGCAGGACACAGCUUGUCAGUGACAGCAGUGGAGAUACACAAACAUCAUCAUCAUCCAGGCAAAAUCAGAUAAAAUAUCUACAAAGAAGACUUAUCAUCUCAGUGAUAGGAUUCACUUCUGAUUUAGGAAUGGCCAUCCAUUGGGCUCCAGCUGGUUUCCUAUGGGCUGGCAAACUGUCGAUUGGAACUGUUGGCCUUCUUGGGACAGUAUCGUCAUUUGCUGAACUGUAUAAGUACUUUAAACCAGCUGCUGCAUUACCUGACGAGGCUCUUGGAAGCAUUUGAUGUUACAGAACUGAUUUUUGUUUUCUUGUCACCAACAUACAUGUAGUUUAUUGAUGGAAAUAGCACUCAAUGUACUGUGUAUUUAAUUACUUACUUCAUGCAUUUUUACGUCAAAAGAAAGCAUAAUUAUAAAUCAAGUAUAGCUUGUCAUUUCAGAACCAAAAUUGAAUACUAAAUAUUGAAUCAGGAAGUUGUAAAUUAUUGCUCCCAAUUCUCUGUCCCUCUCUUGCCAUGCUAUUUAGUAAUCAGCAGGGGGAAUAAGUCAAAGGAAAGGAAAAAAUAUGGAGACAUUCUUGUAUAAUGUUCUUUAAAUUAAUUUUAAAAAGCUCUAGAAGCAAAGAAAUACAAGAAAUAAAAAUCACAUCACAUUUCA